GUGGACUUUUAAUGCCACUUCAUCCCAAAAGCUACUUGCUACCCAAAAAAAUGAAUUAAAUUAAAAUUUUCAAUCUGAGUUACAUGUCGCUUACUUGAUCUAACAACACUUCAACUGUGAUGUAAAAAUUAAACAUCUUGCAUUCAGUUUAUGUUAUUUAUUUUUCAUAGUCCAACUCGUUACAUGUGUUAAUUAAAUGCUCUUUGAAUGACAGUGGCACUGAAUCUGAACUUGUCCAAAAAAUUGUUGAAGAGAUCUUAAAUUCUGAAUUCAUUCAAAUGCCAUCAAAUGAGCAGCUGGUUGGAAUAAAUUCUCGCAUGGAGGCGGUAACAAAACUUCUAGAUAUUGAAUCAAAUGAUGUUCGCAUGGUAGGGAUCACUGGCCUUGGUGGAAUAGGCAAAACUACAAUUGCAAAAGCUAUUUAUAAGAGGUUUUCAAAUCAUUUCAAAGCAAAAAGUUUUGUAGAGAAUGUUAGAGAGUGGUCAAAGACAGAGCAAGGCAAAAUCCAUUUACUAGAGGCACUUCUUAAGGGUAUCUCAGAGGAUAAGAAUUUGAGGGUGAGUACUAUAUAUGAAGGAACCACAAGGAUAAAUAAAAUUCUUCGCCUAAAAAAGGUUCUUAUCAUUCUUGAUGACGUGGAUAAUGCCGACCAGAUAGAAACAUUGCUCGGACAAUGUGAAGGCUUUGCAUGUGGAAGUAGAAUCAUUCUGACAACAAGAUAUAAAAGCUUGCUAGUUAAUCGAAAUGGUCUUUCAACCUAUGACUAUGGGGUUAAGGAAUUAGAUAAAGAUGAAGCUAUUAAACUCUUUCGUAAGCAUGCCUUCCCAAGUAACGAAGUCCCUGAAGAUUAUUUGGAACUUGAGAAAAAAGCUAUAAGUUAUGCCAAAGGCCUUCCUCUAGCUCUAAAAGUAAUGGGUCGUGAUUUGUGUGGGAAAACUAUACAUGAAUGGGAUGAGGCGUUAGAUUGUUAUAAAACAAAUCCUCUUCCAGGUUUUCAAAAUAUACUAAAAAGAAGUUAUGAAGGAUUAACUGAAAAUGAAAAGAAUAUUUUCCUUGAUAUUGCAUGUUUCUUCAAGGGAUAUGACAUGAGUUAUAAUAUGAUUAAGGUUGCACUGAAAGCUUGUGGUUUUUACCCAGUAUAUGGUAUUCGAAAUCUUGUUGAUAAGUGUCUCUUGACUUUUGAUCAAAAUAAUUAUUUGUCCAUGCACGACUUAUUACAACAAAUGGGUAUGGACAUUGUUCGACAAGAAGCACCACAAAAGCCUGGGGAACGUAGCAGACUAUGGUGUUAUGAGGAAGCUCUUGAUGUAUUAACUGAAGAUAUGGGUUCAGAUAAAAUUCAAAGCAUAAUAUUGUGGUCGCCUAAAUCAGAAUCCGAAGAGGUGCAAAUAAAGGCACAAUUUUGUAAGAUGAAAAAUCUUAGAUUGCUUUUGAUUCGUAAUGUACGUUGUUGCAAUGGAUCCCUUGAAGGUCUUCCCAAUGGAUUAAUCUUGCUUGAUUGGCGUGAAUAUCCAUUUUCUUCGUGGCCACCAAAUUUUUUUCCUAAAAAACUGGUUGUGCUCAACGUGCCUCUUGUCCUAUUAAAGGAACCAGUACUCAAGCAGAAGUUCGUAUCCGUGACAUAUGUGGACUUCAGUUACUGCGAUCUGAUUACGAAAAUACCUGACUUAUCAAUGACCCCAAAUCUAAUGACAUUGAUACUUUAUGACUGUGGAAAUUUAAUUGAGAUUGAUGACUCCGUGGGGCGUCUUGAUAAGCUUGAAAAGUGGGUCCUUUCUGGUUGCCGCGCACUUGUAACUCUUCCGGACUCUCUCACGAUGAAAUCUCUUACAUCUUUUCAUCUGGAAGAAUGCUGGAGCAUUAAAAAGUUUCCAAAUAUCUUGCACGAAAUGAAUUGCCUCCAUAGUUUAAGACUUCCAGAAAGCUGUAAUGAAUUGCCUCCGUCAUUUGGGAAUUUGAUUGGGCUUAAGAUCUUAUGUGUAGGAAACGCUAAUUCAGGAGAGGUGCAUCUUCCGGGUAGCAUCUAUAAUUUACAGCAUAUAGAGCAGCUUGAUUUUUUUGGCAAUGCCAUAUUUCCAAAGAAUGUGGAGAUUGAUAGACAGCCAAUGUCCAACUCUCCCAAAUGUGUUUUUCCAAGGUUGAAAAGACUACUUAUUUGGGACAAUAAAAUUUUUUCAGAAAUAGAAUUUAUUUUGAAUUAUUGUUGCCCCCACACACUGGAAGAGUUAGACAUCUCCAACAGCAAUGUUGUCACCCUCCCAGAAAGCAUGAGCAGAUUUGAGAGAUUACAUACACUUAUUAUCAGCCGUUGCGAUGAGUUUCGGGAAAUCCCAAGGCUUCCACAUAGUAUAAGACAUGUAGAAGUAGCAGGUUGCCACUCGCUGGAUUUACAAUCAUUCUUUCAGGUAUAUCUCUCUCUUGAAGAUAUUAAGAAACUAUUUGUGUUACCUUCACAAAUACUACAUGAUUUGCUAAGACGUAACUUGUUGAAUUUGCUAAUUGCAUGCAGCUGCCUCGAGAAAUCAUAG